UUCCCAGGCAUCCUUCAGCCCUGCUGUGGUCUCCUCCCUAGAGGAAUCCCAGGGACUCCCUAGAAUCCCAGGGACUCUGCCUGGGCCUUGUUCCAAGUGGGGGCUAUGGAGAAACUGCCAGGGCCAGGGGUCCAUGGGCAUAGUAGGUGCAGAGUUCCCCAGGCAGGUGUCUGUGAAAUGUUUGGGGUUUUAUUCCUACUCCAAAGUACCAGGAUUCACUGCUGAUCCACUCAAACUGUUCUCCUUCUCAGAAUAACUGAUUGCCCAACUCAGAACUCAGAGGCCCAGCUGGGGACCACCUCUCUACUUCCUGGACUGGACCAAGUAGAGUUGGCUUGUUUCUGUCACCUUCCCGCAGAAGAUGGGGGUGGGAGGCUUUGUAGGAGAUGGAAAAGGCUUCUUAGAGCCGAGGAGGGUUUCAGGGUCUCACCUCAGCAAGGAGUGGAGAUGUUCCAGGAGGCCCUGGCAAUGGUGCUCACCCCCACACAGGGGACUUCUGUGCUCAGAGCUCUGGGAAACAAAGGUGCCAGGGGGACUGGCCCUGGAGUGUCCUUGGAGGAGCCCUGCCCUGGGAGUCUGGGGUUAGACGCUGCUUCCCUGCUUCCGGAACUCUAUUUGGGAUUCCUCUGAGAGGCCUGAGGCUUGGGAGAGAAGGCAAAGGAAUUCCUAGGCUGGCCCUAUUUGGAGGCAGCAAGUAAGGGAGGGGUGCUCAGAAUAGAGGUGGAGCAGGGAUGGGGAAGAAGUUCAGAAUGCUGGGGUAGUGAGCUGGGUUGGGGCUGGGCAUGGUCAAGGAAGCAGGGAUGGAGGGGUGUGGUUAGGAACUGAGAUCCCAACGGGAAUAGGGUAGGCUGGACUGAGUAAGGUGCUGCUAGCGAUGGCUGACUGUGAAUGUUUGGAGGUGUGGGCUGAGUAUGGGGUGGGAGUAGGCAGGGAAAGAAAUUGGAUUUGGGGUGGAGACACAAGUGACAGUGGAUAGUGAUGGGGAUGGACUAGGAAUGGGCCCUUCGGAGGUGGGGAUGAGCUGCAGAUGGACCAGGGUGGCUGGUCCAAUUGGGUUGGGUUAGGGGGUUGGGACAGAAAUGGGUUUAAACUGGUUUGGGAUGACGGUGAGGCCCGGACGAAGAGAAAUGAAGCACGGAGUGGGGCUGAGUGGGGCUGGGCCCGAAUGGAAUGAAGUGGGUUUGGAACUGGGACAAGGAGCUGGAAAGAAGAGGGGUGAAGCUGGGCCUGGGUAGUGGUUGCAUACGCAUGGCUGGCGUCAGCUUCAGCGGCCACCGCCUGGAGCUGCUGGCGGCGUACGAGGAGGUGAUUCGGGAGGAGAGCGCGGCCGACUGGGCUCUGUACACAUAUGAGGAUGGCUCAGAUGACCUCAAGCUUGCAGCAUCAGGAGAUGGGGGUUUGCAGGAGCUCUCCGGCCACUUUGAGAACCAGAAGGUGAUGUACGGCUUCUGCAGCGUCAAGGACUCCCAGGCUGCUCUGCCAAAAUAUGUGCUCAUCAACUGGGUUGGUGAAGAUGUGCCUGAUGCCCGCAAAUGCGCUUGUGCCAGCCACGUGGCUAAGGUGGCUGAAUUCUUCCAGGGUGUCGAUGUGAUUGUGAACGCCAGCAGCGUGGAAGACAUAGAUGCGGGUGCCAUCGGGCAGCGACUCUCCAAUGGGCUAGCGCGGCUCUCCAGCCCCGUGCUGCACCGACUGCGGCUACGUGAGGAUGAGAACGCCGAGCCGGUGGGCACCACCUAUCAGAAAACUGAUGCAGCUGUGGAAAUGAAGCGGAUUAACCGCGAGCAGUUCUGGGAGCAAGCCAAGAAGGAGGAAGAGCUGAGGAAGGAGGAAGAGCGGAAGAAGGCUCUGGAUGAGAGACUCCGGUUUGAGCAAGAGCGGAUGGAGCAGGAGCGGCAGGAGCAGGAGGAACGGGAACGGCGCUACCGAGAGCGGGAACAGCAGAUAGAGGAGCACAGGAGGAAACAGCAGACGUUAGAAGCUGAGGAGGCCAAGCGGCGGUUGAAAGAGCAGUCUAUCUUUGGUGACCAGCGGGAUGAAGAAGAAGAGACCCAGAUGAAGAAGUCAGAAUCGGAGGUAGAGGAGGCAGCAGCCAUUAUUGCCCAGCGGCCUGACAACCCACGGGAGUUCUUCAAGCAGCAGGAACGAGUUGCGUCGGCCUCUGCGGGCAGCUGCGAUGCACCCUCACCCUUCAACCACCGACCAGGUCGUCCGUACUGCCCUUUCAUAAAGGCAUCGGACAGUGGGCCUUCCUCCUCCUCCUCUUCCUCCUCCUCCCCUCCACGGACUCCCUUUCCCUAUAUCACCUGUCACCGCACCCCAAACCUCUCUUCCUCCCUCCCAUGCAGCCACCUGGACAGCCACCGGAGGAUGGCACCCACCCCCAUCCCCACCCGGAGCCCAUCUGACUCCAGCACGGCUUCUACCCCUGUCGCUGAACAGAUUGAGCGGGCUCUGGAUGAGGUCACGUCCUCGCAGCCUCCACCACUGCCUCCGCCACCCCCUCAAGAGACCCAGGAGCCCGAGCCUGGCCUGGAUAGUGAAGAGACCAGCAAAGAGGCCAGAGCAACAGCCCCUCAGGCCUGGGCAGGCCCCAUGGAGGAGCCCCCACAGGCACCAGAGCCUCCCCAGGGGCAAGGCAGCCCCACGGAGGACUUGAUGUUCAUGGCAUCUCCAGAGCAGGCUGUCCUGGCUGCCCCUCUGGAGCCUGCCAUGGCCAACACCACCACAGCUGACAUCCCGGUAGCUGAUGCCAUUGAAACCGACACUGCCACUGCCGAUACCGCUGUUGCCAACACCAUUUCCCCUGCCGCUGCCAGCCUCAUUGACCUAUGGCCUGGCAACGGGGAAGAGGCCUCCACAUCCCAGGCUGAGCCUAGGGUCCCUACACCACCUUCAGGUGCCGAGGUCACUCUGGCAGAGGUACCCCUGCUAGAUGAGGUGGUUGAGGAGCCACUGCCACUGGCAGGCAAAGGCUGUGCCAACCUUCUCAAUUUUGAUGAGCUGCCUGAGCCGCCAGCUACCUUCUGUGACCCAGAAGAGGAAAUAGAAGGGGAGCCUCUGGCCACCUCCCAGGUCCCAACUCUGCCCUCUGCUCUAGAGGAGCUGGAUCAGGAGCCAGAGCUGGAGCCAGAGCCAGAGCCCCACCUGCUGACCAAUGGCGAGACCACCCAGAAGGAGGGGACCCAGGCCAGUGAGGGGUACUUCAGCCAAUCACAGGAGGAGGAGUUCGCCCAAUCCGAAGAGCUGUGCGCAAAGGCCCCGCCUCCUGUGUUCUACAACAAACCUCCAGAAAUCGACAUCACCUGCUGGGAUGCAGACCCAGUACCAGAAGAGGAGGAGGGCUUCGAGGGCGGUGAUUAGCGGUGGCGCCCGCCCUCAGGCUGCCCUCGCCAAGGCCGCCCACCUGUGCCGGCCUCUGGCCAGACGGCCCGCCGUGCCUGCACUCGCAGCAGCUCCGCCUGGCACCCACUCCGGAUUCCGGCCCUGGCCCGGGACUUGGCCGCUUCCCCACCCACAGGGCCUGACUUUUACAGCUUUUCUCUUUUUUUUAAAGUUGAUAGGAGACUUGUACAGUUGACUGGUUUUCCUCCCGUUGGUAGUUGAGACGCUGUUGCAAAUUCUACCCCCUCCCCGCCCGGACCAGAUUGUAGCUCUUAGUCCUCCCUGCUCACUCAGCUGGACGGGGUGGAGGCCUCGCCCUUCGUGGGAGCCUGGCGUCGGGGGAGCUCUGGUGGGAAAAUGCCCCACCUCUUUUCCUAGUUUUAUGUUUCUUGGAAAAAUAUCACUUUGUAUUCUCUGUCCAGGGCUUCAGAUAUUUUGCACGAAUUUUAAAACAUGGCAAUAAAUGGCUCGUGGGCUCUGGCUCCCUGGGACCCCCUCCCCGCCCUUCUCUUGACCCCUCCCCGCCUGGCCCAAAGGAAGUAGGCCCAGCUGGGGCCCCUCGGCUUCCAGGCCCUUUCCUGCCCCCCUCCUGCUGGGCAGGUCCCAAGCUGGAGGCCCUAGGCGCGGAUCAGGUUAGGGCUAUCGGUGGGGCCCGGGGCUUAAAUGGCCCCUCCCUAACUCCUCCCUCUUUGCUUGGGUUCCUUUUUCACGUUCAGUAACUGUUUUUGGAAAGCACAAACUUCUGUAACGGGUCGUGCUCAUGUCUGUUAAUAAAGAAAUCCAGAUCCCUUCA